GUCUAGCACUGUUGUUGUACUCCUUGAGUAUUUUCUAGCACUGCUGCUGUAUUUUCUGGAAAAGCAUGUGACAGAAAGUUAUGCUUCUGUAGAGAAAGCAUGUCACCAAGUUCUGGAGGUCGAAGAGCACUAGGAGAGAUUGAUUUGAACGUGGCACCAGAUUCUGGAGAUCGAAGAAUACUAGGAGAGAUUGAUUUUAAUUUGGCACCAAGUUAUGGAGGUCCAAGAGCACUAGGAGAGAUUGAUUUGAAUGUGGAGCUAGAAGAAGAAAUGAAUGCUGAAUUGCUGAUAGGUUUUAAUCAUAGUUUUGGGGCUCCAGAUGAAAAUACUUUUGAUGCUGGGAGUGCUCCGCAUGCUGAAAAUAUUAUAUUUAGGAAUGAAGUGUCUAAUGACAAACGGAGAAGAAUAUUUGAAUCUUUGCUAGCAAAAGCCAACAAUGGAAUCCUGAAGCGCCAUGUGACAACAGAAAUUUCUGCAUCAUUUGGAGUACCUAUUCGGACGAUACAACGCAUUUGGAAACAAGGUAAAGAUUGUCUUGACCAAGGUAUUUUGGUCGAUGUUUCUAGUGGAAAGUGCAGAUCUGGCCGUAAGAGAAUUGAAGUGGAUGUAUCUGGGAUUCGUGAUCUUCCAUUGUCAAGUCGAACUACGCUAGAUGAUUUGUGUGCCCACUUACAUGUGAGUAAAGGCAAGUUGCUAGCAAUGAAACGGGAAGGUUAA